CUUCCGUCUCCACCGCCUCCCCGCUGCUCAGGGGCGGAAAGGGACGGCAGCGGCCAUGGCGAGACGGCUGCAGAUUCAGCCAUCUAGGAAAUGCUGCAAUUAAAGGCAACAUGUUCAGUUGUGAACAGAAAUGGUGAAAGGGAAUUAGGAGUCCAUGUUCUCUUUUGUUUUGAAGCUUUUUAAAUCAUUACACAGAACCCGGCAAGAAGUUUUUAAAAAUGAUACCAGAGCCCUUGAAGCUGCAAGACAAAAGAUAAAUCAAGAAUUCAAAAAUAACCAAGGUGAGACAUCUGAAGAGAAGAUAAAUGAGCUUCUGAAAAUAGCUUCAGAUGUUGAAGUGAUUCUCAGAACUUCUGUUAUUCAGGCAGUUCACACAGAUUCUGACAAAAUAUUACUUAUACCAAGGAAAGAUCUGCUUCAAGACAACACUCCUUACUUUGAUAAACCAACAAAAAAGCAUGAAUCCUGACAAAAGUGUGGCAGUCAGCUCAGAAGUUUAAUAUCCUCUUAUGAGAUCUCUGAAAACUGGUAAUGGAUACCUGUUUUAAAGCUAAAUUUUUAACACAAUUAAAUAUUGUUACCAGGAAAAUAGACUGAAACCAAGCCAUGGAUUUUAUUGUGUGCUGUUAUGUUGUUGUAUAAUUUUUCUGUGAAGGGUACUAAGACUUCCAUGAAAAUGCAAGAUGCGCAGUUA